AUGACGACGAAGACGACAACGACAGCUGAAGAGAAGCGCUACGGGGAGUACGACGGGGGUUGCCACUGCGGCUACAUCAGCUUCUCGUUCAAGCUGUCGCCGCCGCUCGACGAGUACACGGUGCUCAACUGCAGCUGCUCCAUCUGCCGGCGCCUGGGCUAUCUCCUCAUCUACCCGCCGUACGAGGACGUCACGUGGCACAAUGGAUCCAAGGAGCGCUGCUCGGUGUAUGAGUUCAACACAAAAACCAAGGGCCAGCUCUUCUGCCCCAAGUGCGGGGCGAGCAUCUGCAUCGACUUUCGCGAGCGCGACCCCAAGACCUACGGAAUCAGCGCACGGGCCAUCAACGGCAUCGACCUGGACAGGCUCAACUACCGCAAGCUCGACGGCGUCAACAAAGUCGGUCCCGCGGGGGACCUGUCGGGCCAGGAAUAUAAGAGCCAGUAG